AUGAAAAAUUACUCUUGGUUGUCUCUAAUGGAAACUAACUUAUUUUUAUUGAUGUUUAAUCUUAAAUUUAUUUAAAAAAUGAAUAACUUGAUUAAUUAAGUUCUACUGUUUCCUCUAUCUAAAUUGAUGAGGAAGAAAAAUUAUUAAUUAUUUUGCUUUCUACAAACCAAAUAUUUAGUUACGAUUACUCAUCUCUAUAAUUAGUUUGUGAUUGGAUGGAGACUAAUUAAAUUACAAUCUCUACAUUUUAGAUAAACACUUCUUAUAAAAAAAUUCUAUACGCCUCAGGGAUUAUGA